AUGGCAGGCCGCUUUGUGCGCGCGUCGAAGUACCGACACGUUUUUGGAAAAUCCACCAGGAAGGAGUCUUGCUACGACAAUCUGCAUAUCAGUCGCAAUGCGUGGGACACGAAUUUGGUGAAGGCUAACCCAGAAUACCUUUCCGUCAAUUGGGAGGCGAGCGGUGGAGGUGCAUUUGCCGUGAUACCUGUCAACGAGAAGGGACGACUACCCGAGCAGAUCCCGCUGUUUCGAGGACAUACUGGCCCUGUGUUGGAUACAGAUUGGAAUCCCUUCAAUGAUCGUGUUAUAGCCUCUGGGUCGGACGAUGGCAAGGUUUUCAUAUGGCAGGUUCCGCAGGGCUUCUCUCUCUACUCAGAUGCCGAAGAGCCAGUAGAUGUUGCGCCUGUGAGCAAGUUGACGGGCCAUUCGAGAAAGGUCGGCCAAGUUCUAUUCAACCCCGCAGCCGAGAACAUCCUCGCAUCAGCCUCUGGCGACUAUACUAUCAAGCUUUGGGAUAUUGGGGCGGGCAAGUCGAAUCUCACGUUAAAGCAUGGCGACAUUGUUCAGAGCCUGUCGUGGAGCGCGAAUGGCUCGAUGCUGGCCACUACCUCUCGCGACAAGAAACUACGCGUAUGGGAUGUUCGUCAGGAGAGACCGGCGCAUGAAGUGGCAGGACAUUCUGGGGCCAAGAACAGCAGAGUUGUCUGGAUGGGCGAACACAACCGGCUCGCAACAACUGGAUUCUCCAAGAUGAGUGACCGUCAGAUGGCAUUGUGGGAUGUUGGAGCCCCUGCAGAACCUAUUGGAGGGUUUACUGUUCUGGAUUCCAUUUCGGGUGUUUGCAUGCCAUUCUGGGAUGAUGGGACACAGUGUUUGUAUCUGGCAGGCAAAGGUGAUGGAAACAUCCGGUACUUUGAAUAUGCGAACGACAAAUUCGAAUUCCUAUCCGAAUACAAGUCCGGUGAACCUCAACGUGGUAUUGCUUUUGUACCAAGACGCGGCAUCAAUGUUCACGAGAACGAGGUCAUGAGAGCAUACAAGACGGUCAACGAUGCCUAUAUCGAACCCAUUUCCUUCACAGUUCCCAGACGAGCCGAGGUCUUCCAGUCAGAUAUCUACCCACCAGCAAGCGGUACCAAGCCUGCUGUGUCCGCUGCAGAAUGGCUCUCGGGCAAGGAUGGAAUCCCUUCCAAGAUUGAUUUGGAGAGCGUAUAUGAUGGAAAUGCCCCGGUUGAAGUGGCAGCCGAUUACAAACCCCCCGCUGCUGCACCAGCUCCUGCUCCUGUCAAAGCUGCCGCGCCUGUAAAGAAGGAAAGUGAUGUACCUCGGUCACCCGUCGCAACCCGAUCCCCGCCUCCUACCAUGUCUGAGCAGAAGGGUUCAAUAUCAGCCAUGGCAUCAAAGUUCCAAGAUGACGAAGUUGAGGAUGAUGAGGAUGAGACUUCGAGUUUUGAAGAGAUCGCCAAACCUGUUCAGAAAUCAAUUCCAAUUGCUGCAAAGGCAGAGCCAAGAUCUCCCACCAAGCUAUCGCCAACCAAAACCGAACCACCGAAGCCUGUUCCUGUUUCUCAAGCCACCCCGCGAUCCGUCCAACCACCAGCCUCUUCAACUCCCACACCCAUUCCUACCUCGUCUGAACCCGUCUCAGCUGUAAGCUCAAACGAAGGGGUGGAGACAUCUCUUCAGCAAAUUAAGAGUAUUCUGGAAACACAAACGAGGACGAUCAAUGCUCAGAGUGAGAAGAUUGGACACCUUGCUCAAGAGGUUGACACUUUGAAGAUGCGGGUCGGAACAGGUGCGGAGGAUCAGAGUGAGCGAAUUAGACAAUUGGAAUUGGAGUUGGAGGCUGCGAGGUCGUAG